AUGCUGACGACGUUCGCCGGAACCUUAAGCUGCCCGGUGGCCACCGGGCACAUCUUUCAAAUACGGGGCAAAUCCAUCGAUGACGCUGAAAGAGUCGAUAUUGGGUUUCAAGCAGACAAGUCGAACGAUGCGGACGCACUGUUGCACCUGUCCAUACGGUACGAAGACCAACGGAUAGUGCGUAAUGUCCGGUUGGGUGGAGUGUGGCAACAACCCGAACAACACGGAGAUCCAUCCUCGAAAGUGCUCCAAAGGAUUAAACCCGGUAACGUGUUCACCGUGUACGUGCUCGUCGGAGACCAGCAGUUCCACAUCGCAUUCGAGGGCAGCCAUGUUUGCUCGUUCCCGAUCAAAGGCCCGUUGGCUGUAAUGAAAGCGAUCACAAUUACGAAAGACGUCCAUCAGGUGCUGUGCGUAGACCAUCGACAGUCGUUCCCAUUCCCGUUCCCCGCACUGCAGAUCGUCGAUAGUGCAUACUACUUUUCCAACGAUGUUCCCAAACCAUUCCUCCCAGGUCACAUCAUCAUCCUGACUGCAAUCCCGUUCGGUAAUCCGCGCGGUGGUUUCAUCCUGAAGUUUACCGAAAACGGAAGCAAAAAGCAAGCGCUACACUUUAAUCCACGCUUCGAUCCGCACUACGUGGUCGUCCGGAACUCGCACGCAUCCGAAGCCCUCGACUUCCGACAAGAGGAGCGAUCUGGCGGAUUUCCCUUCAUUAUCGAUCAGCAGUUCAAGCUGGCUAUCGGGCUGGCGGAGCAAGAGUUUAACUUUGCCAUCAACGGCAGAAAGUUCGAGACGUACACCUAUAAAAACCAGCGUCAGCUGGACGUCCUCAAUGGGUUUCACAUUGAGUGCCAGAAUGGUUUGCAGCUUGAGGUGACCGCUGUAGACCACUACUAUUCCGGGGUGCCCAACUGUACCGGGUUUGAGGAAUACUCCGAUCUGGACGUGGACAUUAUGUAG